UUGCAUUGGUGUCUUAUUCAUUAGAACAAGUGUGUCUUUUUAUGUAUUCUUUACCACUAUUAAUUAGCUUUGAAUAAAUUAACAAGUUAUACUCGUCGUGUGUACGCCCGAGUCGUCAGCAGUAAAAUACCCGAGAGAUCGUCGUAACAGGAAGCGGAAGUGAAAAUGAGGAAGAUGAGACAAAAAUGGCGGCAAUAAUUUCAGGACCAGUGCUUGCUUCACUAUUUUAUGAUCAGUCUCGUUGUUCUGGUGAUCAGGAGGGACUUCUGAUUGGUAAAGUAAGCCACUCUGUGAAGGACACCAUCAGUGAUUCUCAGAUAAACAACUACAAGGUUGAAACAAAGCUUUACAUUUACUCUUGUCAUGAGCUGCAGAGGAGCACUGCUCUUUCCAGAAAAGAUCAGUUACAGAAAUGCAUCACAGAACAGAUAAAAAAGCAUGGAGAAAAGUGUAUUGUUGGAUGGUACCAUUCACGAAGGAACACAGCAGCCCGGCUUUCUAUGCGAGAGAGGAGUCUCCACCACACCAUGCUGAAGUCGCUACCAUCACAAGGCCGGGAGGACUUCUACUUUCUUUUGUGCACCUCCUCCAACACGCCAAACAGAUCCACACAUAAUUUUGAUUUUGGUUUCUACAAACUCAACAAAGAUGAUGCUGACUUUGUAAAAGUGCCAAUAACUGUUGUUAACUUGGAAGAUACCACCAAUAAUCAGUACAAACAUGACAGCAGUUGUACAGCAUCAGCAUCCUCGGGGAUCUAUGCCUCCGUCAUCUCACAGUUCCAGUCAGAAGUCUUGGACAAAUCAGGCCAAGUCCAGGAGGUGAAGAAGAUUAGUAGCCUUGGGUCAGCACUACAGGACAAGUUACGGCUAAGUAACACAAAGUCCAAGAGGUGAAGAAGAUUAGUAGCCUUGGAUCAGCACUACAGGACAAAUUACGGGAUUUGACCCGUUCAGUAGAUCAGAGUGAGCGACAGCUACAUGUACUAGAACAAGAGGUCAAGCAGCAGCGACAAUUGAUGGAAG